UCCAAUCCCCACAUCACUUUUUUCCAGCAACAAACUACCUGCUACACUUUCAGGAUUAAAUAGGCCGAGAUGGGCCGCGUUCCCUGCUGCGAGAAAGACAACGUCAAGCGUGGCCAGUGGACGCCCGAGGAGGAUCAGAAGCUCUCUUCUUACAUCGCCCAACACGGCACCCGCAACUGGCGCCUUAUUCCCAAGCAUGCUGGCCUUCAGAGAUGCGGGAAGAGCUGCAGAUUACGAUGGACUAACUACCUCCGCCCCGACCUCAAACAUGGUCACUUCUCCGAAGCUGAGGAGCAAACUAUUGUCACUUUGCAUUCCGUUCUUGGAAAUAGAUGGGCUGUGAUAGCUGCGCAGCUUCCGGGGCGCACGGACAACGACGUGAAGAAUCACUGGAACACGAAGCUGAAGAAGAAGCUCUCCGGGAUGGGGAUCGAUCCGGUGACCCACAAGCCCUUCUCCCAUCUCAUCACGGAGAUCGCGAUGCUGCCGCCGCCCCAGGCGCCGAAUCUGGCGGAGGCCGCCCUGGGCUGCUUCAAAGACGAGAUGCUCCACCUCCUCACCAAGCGCCGCAUCAACAUAGAGCUCCAGCAAUACGACAGCGGCGGCGUCCCAGCCAGCGUCAAGCACGAGGAGACCAAAGACGAGACAGUCGAGAAGAUCAAGUUCGGAUUGUCCAAGGCCAUCAAAGAGCCGGCGGCGUUGGACAAGCCGUGGGAGCCCGUCGGAGCCACCUCGGGCUACAUCGGAGGAGUGUUCGGCUCGGACAACGGGUUCCACUACGAGCUCGCGUCUCUGGACAACGAGGCCGGGGCGUCGCCGUGGGGGCAGAGCAUGUGCAUGGCGGGAGACGGCGCCUUGCAUGAGAAGGUGGCGGAGGAGGAGCACGGCGGCGAGGACUCCGGGAGUAGGAAGGAGACCGGAAAUGGGGAGAGCAUGUUCAACUCCGAGUGUUCGUUGUGGGAUUUGCAGUCUAAUGAUUUGAUGAAUCCUAUGAUUUAAUCUCUGAGAUUAUAAUUGAGAUAAAAAGUAAUGUGAGGGAUAGAGUUCAAAUUUGUGGAUGAUUGAAAAUUUAAAUGUCGAUCCUCCAAA